AGCCGAUGAGUCUCAGUAUUGGAAGCACAAGCUUCUCUCAUGGCUACCUUCACAUUCACUCCCCAUAUUGGGAGGCUCCCAUCUCCCUCAAUUCCCACUUCUUCAAAACGCAAAUUCAAAUUCAAUUCAGCUUCCAGCCCCAAAGUCUCUCUUCAAGCCUCCCCAUCUACGUUCUCCGACCCCUUCGUCCUCCAACUCGCCGAAUCUCUCGAAGACUCGCUCCCUUCCUCUUCUUCUUCCUCCCCGCCAUUCCCUCUCCAGAAACUCAGGGAAUCGUCCGCCGAGACUCUUCUUUCGACCCCAUGGCCGUCUCGCCGGGACGAGCCCUUCCGUUUCACGGAUGUUUCUUUCAUAAAGCAGUCCCAAAUCCACCCAAUUUCGAAUCCGCCGCAGUCCUCCCAGAUAUCGAGCAUCCCUGUAGAAACCCAAUUCGCCAAUAUCGUAAUCGUUGAUGGUCAUUUCAUCCAUUCGAUUUCCAAUUUGGCAGAAUUGCCAAAUGGGGUUUUCGUGGGCAGCUUGCUUGACCUCCCUCCGGAGAGUGUAGCGAAUAGGGUUUCUCAGUUUGUUGGUGGGAAGUUCGUCGGGGACCUGUUUUGGUCCAUUAAUGGCGUGGGAGCUCCAGAUUUGACUGUGGUGUAUGUCCCUGCUGGGUGUAAGGUGGAGAAUCCGAUCCAUUUGAGGUAUUUUUCGAUUAAUGGGGGGGAGGAGGGGUCGAAGGACUUGGCUGUUUCGAAUCCGAGAGUGUUGGUUUUGGUGGAGAAUGGGGGGGAGAUUGAGAUCGUUGAGGAGUUUUUGAGUGUGGAUGAGAGUAAGUACUACUGGGCAAAUCCUGUUCUGGAAGUAGUGAUUGGAAGUGGUGGAAAAGUUCAGCAUUCUUAUAUUCAGAACCAGUCUUUAGAUGCUGCACAUAUCAAAUGGACUUCUGUUCAGCAGGAUGCAACCAGUUCCUACGAGCUUGUCGAGAUAAGCACAGGUGGAAAAUUAAGUAGACACAAUGUGCAUAUCCAGCAAUUAGGACCAGAAACUACAACAGAAUUGUCAACUCUGCACUUAUCAGUUGGCAAUCAAACACAAGAUCUACAUAGUAGCUUAGUGCUCGACCAUCCACGAGGAUAUUCUCGACAACUUCACAAAUGUAUCGUCGCCAAUCCCCUAGGACAAGCUGUAUUUGAUGGUAAUGUAAAAGUCAACAGAUACGCUCAACAGACGGAUGCAGGACAACUAACAAGGAGUCUUCUUCUCGAGCCUCGAGCAACCGUGAACGUGAAACCGAAUCUUCAAAUCAUUGCUGAUGAUGUCAAGUGUUCGCAUGGGGCUGCUAUAAGCGACCUGGAGGAGACCCAACUCUUCUACUUCCAGGCUCGUGGCAUCGACCUAGAGACCGCGAGGAAGGCUCUGAUAUUGUCUUUUGGAGCCGAGGUGAUUGAGCGGCUGCCCUCCCCUUCGGUCCGCAAGAGAGUUGAGAAUCACAUGAAGGAAUUGUUGAACCCCUCACUUGAAAGAUCUUAAUCCUGAUCACUAGGGAAUAAAUGCAGGCCUUGAAAAUCAAGAAUUGUUAGCACAUUCGAUGGUAGUUGUUUUAUAUUGACCCAAUUCUUGUUGUAAUGUAUUUAUUGUAACAAAACUCAGUCUGGCUCUUCAAAGUCCCAAAAAAUUCUAAAAAAAAUAAGAUAAAAGAAAAAACAUGAAACUGUUUAGGGCUCGUUUCCCAAA